AUGGGGAACAAAACUGUUCCUUCACCAUGUGCUCAGCAUUUUGAAGUGAAAGUUACUUUGAAUGCCACCUUAAAAAUCGAGGUUCAGUGUCACGGCAGACAUAGGUAUGAUAAAGAUCUCCCAUUGUCCAAUAUCACUCUCUGUCAAAGAGAUUGUAGUUUCUAUGGAUUUAAUCCCAAGAGGAAGAAAUGUCGUACACAUAAGAAGACCUUUACCUCUGAGAUGUCUGUUGAGGCUGGUUGGCGAUACUACUGCGAGGAAUUCAUUCCAAUAGACUGUAAGGACCUUCAAUCAGUUGGAUACAUUAAUUCAGGGGUGUAUGACAUCUACCCCUAUGGAACCAUUACCAGUCCUGUCCAGGUGUUCUGCGAUAUGACCACAAUGGGCGGGGGAUGGACGGCAAUCCAAAAGAGAAUUACUGGAUCCCUGGACUAUGACAGGACCUGGACGGAAUAUAAAAACGGAUUUGGUUCUCCGGAACAGGAUGUCUGGAUUGGAAAUGACUUAAUCUAUCAAUUAACAAAAGAAAACACCCAGUUUCUUUAUGUGUCAAUCACUCUCCAAAAUGGUACAACGCUGUAUGAAAUGUACGACACAUUCUCUGUCUCCGACGAAGCUGGGAAAUAUCAACUCUUUCUUACAGGACCUGCCACGGGGACCUUAGGAGACAGCAUGAGAAGCUACAAUCUGUCUGGGAUGUCCUUCAGCACACCGGACAGAGAUAACGACAGGUGGAGUCGUGGUAACUGUGCUGCUGUCAGUACCUAUAGAGGAGGCUGGUGGUUUAAAACCUGUGGAUUAGUCUUCCUAAACGGUCCCUGGUCCUCGUUUUACUGGUCCAGUCCAUGGCAUCCCACA